AUGUGGAAUUCAUUAGCCUGCAAUACAAUUUACGGCAAAUUUCUACGAGAAAAAGAAGCUCAAAGAUAUCAUCGCUCUCUCAGCAGUGUCCGAUCAGUCAUGAACACACAUAAAGCUCCCAAAGAAAUGCGACAUCUCCAAUACAAAGCCAAAAGAAUUCGCUUGAUUCAAGAUCGCAACGAAGAAAUCGAGCAUCAAAAUCAGCUUCUACUAAACAAAAUGUACAAUAUUGACAGCAAGCCUUCUUCGUUAAAUCCAAAUAAUUGUGCCCCGAGGUCUCCUUCAAUCACAAAUCUAAAUUCAAAAGUUCGAAGUAGAAAUUUGAGCAGAAUUUAUGAUGAAAACAAAGUAAAAUCCAAUUAGAAAUUUUUAGAAAGACUGCAAAAUGCUGAAAGUGCUUAUUCUAUUGAAAAAUGAGAUGAAGAAGAAAGAAGAAGGAAUUAUUUAAAAGAAAAUAUAAGCAAAAAUUCAGGCAGAUGCUUCAGGAAAAAUAAAGUUAUACAGGAUUGGGAAUCACAGGAUUUAAUUUCAAAAAUAUUAUCGAGAAGGCAAAGCAGGCCGAUAACUGCUGAGCAAGCUUUAUAA